GGCGGGGCGUCCCGGUUGCUAUGGCGGCGCUUGGAGGAGGAAGGGGAGAGGAGGGAGCCGCGGGGGCCGCCGGGAGAGCGGUGCUCUCUGGUGGCGGGCGGGAAGAAGCCGUUGACCGUUGUUAGUUGCUGCCUACUAUUGCCGGUUCCGCCCGCCGGCAUGAGCAGCCGUGUUCGGACCCACGGCAGGAGGAGGAGGAGGGCCGUGCACCUCGUCCCGCCGUCCUCUGCCAGCUCUGACGAGCGCCUCAGUCCCUCCGGCAGCUCCCCGCUCUCUCCCGCGUCCCGCCCCAGCUCCCCGAGCGGCGAGGAGGAGCGGGCGGCGGCCUCUCGGCGAGGCGAUAGGAAGGCUGAAGAUUCUGACAUAGCAGAAGAGAAAAAAGAGUCACCCUUGAAAGAUAACCUUUCACCAUGGGAAGAAUGGUUCAUUGGAAAAGAGAAGGAGCUACGUGCCCGCUUACAGACUAGAGCUGCAGAGGAAAUGAAUAUACAGCUUGAGAAAAUGAAGCAAAAGCAAGAAUGUGAAAGGAGGAAAAGGAUAGCUGAAGAGAAGCAUAAGGAAUGGGUCCAAAAAAAAAGAGAAGAGGAAAGAAGGGAAAAGGAACAAAAGUUGAGCAAAGAAAUGGCAGAAAAAGCCACAAGGGAACUAGAAAAGCUGCAGUUACAAGAAAAGGCUGAAGCAAAAUAUAAAGAAUGGUUAAAGAAGAAGAGAGCUGAAGAGGCAGAAAAGAGGAAGAAAGAGAAGGAAAAAGAAAGAGAAAGGGAAGCUGAGCUACAGGAGAAAAAAACAAGAUCAGAGAAGAUCUUUAAGGAAUGGCUACAUAAUGUUAGAAAUAAACCACGCCCUGUUUUAAAUGGUUAUGGCUUUCCAUGUGGGAAGACUACAGGGUGUGCUGAUGGGAAUUUGUAUCCAGUUCCAGCAUAUUGUAAUCCCAUUCCUUGGAAACCUGUACAUGUGCCUCCUCCAAAGGAAGACAGUGUUCUUACCAUGAAGAAGAGACCUGUAUCUUCUCAGUCAUAUGUGUCUUUGCCUAUAGUAAGUUACAAGCCCAAGGACAAAGCCUGCGUUAGAUCCUUGAUCGGAAAACAGUUGUAACACAGAAAACAAAACUGUUCUUAGGAUCUUGAGUGAAUUGAGACAGAAGUAUUAGUAAAAACAAAAAAGACACACACAAAAAGGCCCCAAAGAAAGAAAACCCAAAACCAACCAAACAAAACAAACCACAACUAAACAAAACAACCAAAAAAAAGAGAGAAUAAAGGAAAACAACACCAAACUCUCAAACAAAAACGAAAAAAAAAAAACCAACCCCAAACCAAAAGAAUUCAUAUUUAGCCAAUUGUAACGGGACUGUAGAUCCAUACCAAUAAAAUGCAUGGGAUUGUUUUUUCCUUUC